UUUAAACAUUCAAAUUCAAAUUAACGCGAUGUCCUCGGAUAUUGUGGUAACGAAGCGAAUUUGCCAAAUUGAUCAGGAAUCGCGAAAUUUCAUUCUAAUUGGUGUAAUCAUUGCUAAAAGUGAUCCGAAAUUUUUCGAAUCUUCUUCCCUGCGUCAAGGAAAAGAUUCCACAAGCGCACGUGGUGUCAUGACUUUGACUCUUCGUGACAGCGAACGGGACACUAUAAACUGCACCAUUUGGGGCUCCCAGCUGAUGAUCGAAUCAUACGAUAGUCUGUUCCACAUAGGUGAUGUGGUCAACAUAACGAAACCAAAAGUACUUGCUUCCUGUCAUGACCGUUCUGAACAAUUCAAUCCUAGAUCGACAUCUUCAUUUAGUUUGUCCUUGGGUGAGCAGGACGAGAGCAAAAUAAAACUCCACGAAGGGUCCAGACUCGACUUGAUGAAAAAAUUAGUAUCUGUGGCUACAGUUCCAGCAUCGGAGACAUAUCCUUUGGCAGAUAUUUCGGCUGGUGGUCAACACAUAAAUGGACAGAGCGUCAACAUACUUGUGGUGGUACGAAGCGUUCGACCGAAAAAGCAAAUUGUGAUUGCCAAAACAGGAAAGCUUAAAUAUUUGCGAGAAGUCAUUUUAAUGGACGCCUCCCACGCUGGAAUGUCAAUGAAGUUCUGGAAUAACGAAUUUGUUGAGCGUAUAGAUAAAUGGGUUCCGUUAACAACAGUGCUACUUGUGAUGGACGUUAGAGUAGAGUUUGAUCAGUACUAUAAAUUUGUCUGCUUGGGAAUGAGCGGACGAACAAUUAUCACUGAAGACCCAGCAAUUGAAGAUGCUGAUAAGCUGCUUGUUCACGCAAUGAAGCAUCCAUGCGUUCAAGAUUUUGAUGCAACCUAUUCUCUUUCAUCCAGCGCUACUGAUCCUGUAACGAUUACAUCCGUUAUGACGGUUCAGCAGAUUCUGGAUCGCUCAGAAGGGGAUUUAAAAACGGAAGAGGAGCAGUUCACUGCCCUUUGCUAUGCAGUGAUUACCAAAUUCGAUUUAGAUGGUUGUUCCAGAAUAACUGGCCGUAAAUGUGUAAACUGUAAAACAUUCCUCCGCAUUUCGGAUUCAAAAUGCCAAAAAGAAACUUGUCAAAGCCAUCUACAGAACAUAAGCGUAUAUUUUGACAUUCCAGUUGACAUAACAGAUCAUACCGGAACGCUGACGAACUGUCGGCUGAUGAGCCAAGCCGCCGAGAAUACCCUAAACUGCAAAGUUGAUUCAUUUUUGAAAAUGGGUGAUGCUCAAAAGGGCAAGCUUAAGUGGCGUUAUCUGUUGGAGCGCUGCUCUUUGAAACUUAUAGUUAAGCGAAAAUCACCGAUUCGAUUCCAAACUUUGUACUCCAUAGUGGAGUGCUCGUUGGCAAAUCCCCAAGAAGUUGAGUCGAAAAUCAAGGUUUACUAAGUACGUAAUACGCAUUUCAUUGUUAUAACAAAACUAUAAACACAUUUUGACCCCAUA